UCCAGCUGUUUGACAAAUAGAAAUUACACUGACGUGGAUUUUAAAACACACAAGUUCAACCUAAAUGAGCGUUUAGGUUAUUCCAUAAUUAUUUUAUCAUCUUUAAAUUAAUCCUACGGUGAGAAAAUGAAGAUAACAGUGGUUCUAAUAAUGAUAUGGAGCUACAUGGCUCUAUCUGCAAACGGUUUAGCAGUGAUGUCAGUGGAUUUGGGUUCUGAAUGGAUGAAAGUGGGCAUUGUUUCACCUGGUGUCCCAAUGGAGAUUGCCCUAAACAAGGAAUCCAAACGUAAAACCCCGGCUGUACUGAGCUUCCGCGACAACAUACGACUUUUUGGUGAAGAUGCUCAAACUGUUGGAAUCAGAUUUCCCAAAAAUGCUUAUCAUUAUUUACUGGAUCUCCUUGGCAAAAAUAUCAGUCAUCCUAUUGUUCAGUUGUACAAACAGAGAUUCCCCUACUAUGAUCUUGUGGAGGAUCAAGAAAGAGGUACACUACUGUUUAAACAUGACGAUGAGACCUUUUAUAGCCCAGAGGAGUUGAUUGCUCAGAUGUUGGUCAAAGCUAAGGAAAUGGCUGAGGCUGGUGCUCAUCAAAAGAUUCAAGAAUGUGUUAUGACUGUUCCUGGUUUCUUCAAUCAAGUGGAAAGACGUGCUUUACUUCAAGCAGCUGAUUUGGCUGGUUUAAAAGUGUUGCAACUCAUUAAUGAUUAUACAGCAGUUGCUCUCAAUUAUGGCAUAUUCCGGACCAAAAAUUUUAAUGAAUCUGCACAAUAUGUACUGUUUUAUGAUGUAGGUGCAUCCUCAACAUCUGCAACAUUGGUCAGCUACCAGACUGUAAAAGUGAAGGAUCGUGGUUAUGUGGAAACUCAUCCGCAGCUCACAGUUCUAGGUAUGGGUUUUGAUAGGACAUUGGGAGGACUUGAAAUUCAAAUCCGACUCAGAGAUUAUCUGGCGAAAAAGUUCAAUGAAUUGAAAAAGACCAAAAAUGAUGUGUUCAAAAACCCCAGAUCCAUGGCCAAACUGUUCAAGGAAGCUGGUAAGUUAAAAAAUAUUCUGUCAGCUAAUGCAGAGUAUUUUGCUCAGGUUGAAGGUCUGAUCGACGACAUCGACUUUAAAUUGUCUGUAACUAGAGAAACACUUGAAAAUCUCAUCCCAGACCUUUUCAAUCGUAUUACGUUUCCCAUUGAACAGGCUUUGAAAACUGCGCAUCUUUCUUUGGACGUUGUCAGUCAGGUUGUGCUGGUUGGAGCUGGUACUAGGGUACCAAAAGUUCAAGAAAUCCUACAAAAGUAUGUCAAACAAGAACUAGCUAAAAAUUUAAACACCGACGAAGCGGCAGCUAUUGGGGCCGUUUAUAAAGCAGCCGAUUUAAGUACCGGAUUUCAAGUCAAGAAGUUCAUUACUAAAGAUGGUGUUGUUUAUCCGAUUCACGUAAACUUCGAUCGUGAAGUCGACGGUACCACCAAACAUGUAAAGAGAACUUUGUUUGGACUGAUGAAUCCGUAUCCACAAAAGAAAAUAAUCACCUUCAACAAGCACACAUCAGAUUUUACCUUUAGCGUCAAUUACGCUGACUUGGAAUACCUGCCAGAAAAUGAAGUGUUCAAUCUUGGGACGACCACUUUAAGUGAAUACAAACUUACCGGCGUUGCAGAAGUCCUGAAGAAAAACUCCGGAGAAAACUUCGACUCUAAAGGCAUUAAAGCUCACUUUAACCUGGAUGAAUCUGGACUUCUGAAUCUGGUCAAUGUUGAGUAUGUUGUUGAGAAAACGGUAACUGAAGACGAUGAAGAGGGCACAUUCUCCAAACUCGGCAGUACAAUUAGCAAACUGUUCGGUGGUGAAGAGAAAAAAGCAACGGACGAAGAAAACCCAGAAGACGCUGCUAAAGAAAAGGCAGGUGAACCGGAAACUAAACAAGAAGAAACAGCACAAAAAUCACAAGAAACUGAAGAAAAGUCUAAACUAAACGAAACCGAAAGUAAUAAUUCAACAGAAAAAGACGCUCCAAAAGAAGUAAAGAAACCAAAAAUUGUUACCAUCAAGGAACCCAUUGAGGCUAAGGAAGAAAUAAUUUCAAUUAAUCCAUUGUCAGCCAAACAAUUGGAGGCGUCAGCAGAAAAAAUCGCCGAACUCAACAAAAUCGAAUACGACAUCAACAGAAGAGCUUCAGCAUUGAACAAUCUAGAAAGUUUUGUGAUCGACGUUCAAAAUAAAUUAUACGAAGAUGAGUUUGCUGAGGCUGCAACUGAAGAUGAGGCUGAAAAGAUCAAGAAGUCUUGCAGUGAAGUGUCUGACUGGUUGUACGAAGACGGCUCCGACGCUGAUGCCGACACAUACGAGAAGAAACUCAAGGAAUUAAAGACCUUGACUAAUGACUUGUUUGGACGUGUUUGGGAACACAAAGAGAGACCGGAAGCUUUGAACGCCUUACAUUCAAUGUUGAAUCAUUCAUCUCAUUUCUUAAUCACUGCUAAAAACUUAACCAAAACCACCAAUCCUGAAAAAGAUGUGUUUACUGAUGCUGAAGUUGAAGCAUUGGAGAAAUUGAUAAGUGAAGUAACCGAAUGGAGGGAUAAGCAGGUGAUGGAACAAGAUAAACUGAAAAAGAGUGAUCCUGUUAAAUUGACCGUUAAGUCGUUGACGGAUAAAAUGGCUGCAUUAGACAGAGAAGUUAAAUAUCUGGUAAAUAAAAUAAAGUACUGGAGACCAAAAAAGAUUGAAAAACCAGUUGAGGAAAAAACAAGUGAUGCCACAGAAAAACCCCUAAAGGAGGAUGAAGAGAAGGGAGAGGAAACCAUUGAAGAGCCAGAGACUGAAGAAAAAGAGGAAGAGAUUGUUGAGGAACCGGUGGAAGCUACGCCGAAGCAAAGUGAAAAGGAACAUACAGAACUAUAAUUAGUGUAUGAUUAUGUAGUCUAUAAACAAUUCUAUUGUGAUUUUCGUCACAGUUAAUGUGCAACAAAAGCAAACUUACCCCCUUCAAUAUACUUGUAUUCGUUUUAGUAUUCAAUGACGGCGUAUUUGUAAUAUAUAUGUAAAAUGUUAUUUUCAGUUUGUCAAUUAAUUUGUAUUUUGUCUAUUCAAAAUAUUUGAUUUGUAUUAUCUAUUCAAAAAAGGGUGGAAGAACUGGGGUGCAUUAUCAAGUUUAUUUUUAUAUUUUUUUCUUUAACACAGUUGAUUGUGAUAUGAAUGUUAGGUUGUUUUUGAGAAACAAUGUUGGUUCAUUCCGGGCACCUUAAUUUAUUUAUAUGUAUAUGUAAUUUAUUACCAAAUAAUUAAACCAGUGAUUUUA